AUGUUGUCCAUUCUCUCAAUGAUCUGUCUGUACCUGAUCAAUCACGGAACUCUUUGGGAACAUAGUGUCCUGCAGGUGGCCCACGUCUGUAACACUUACAUUCACUCCCGUCUUCAACCUGAAACACCAUCAAUGACUCAAUCAGGCCUUUGGAUCAUCGGAUAUGGCUCGCUCAUAUUCAAGCCGCCGCCUCUAUAUGCAUUCCGGGUGGUUGGCACUCUCAAUGGCUAUAUCAGACGGUUCUGGCAGUCGUCAUCUGACCAUAGAGGUACUCCGCAAGCUCCUGGAAGAGUGGUAACGCUAGUGUCGUUGGAGGAUUUGAAGGAGAAUCCUCAAUUUCACGACGAUGUUCAUGAAUUUGAGUUUUCGGGGCAGCAGACCGAUCUCGCGUCGUUGUCGGAACUGGACUUGACCGUGUGGUGUGUGGCCUACUAUAUAGAACCAAAAAAUGUAGACGAAGUUAAAGAGUAUAUGGAUGUGCGUGAACAAGAUGGCUAUUCUACCCAUACCGUUCAUUUCAACGUUCAUGAAGCACCGGAUAUGUGUCCCAUUGCUUCUGAGGUGUUGGCUCAGCUUCCUAAAGAUAUCACUGGCGAACUGCAAAUCGAGUCCACUGUAUAUAUUGGCACCAUACAAAAUGAAUCCUUCGUUGGGCCAGAAUCUCUUGCCAAAACGGCAGAGGUGAUUCGGACAAGCAAGGGUCCUAGCGGGAAGAACAUUGAGUAUUUGCGCUGCUUAACUGAAGCUGUUCUGGGCUUGGACAAUCAAGGAGGAUCCCAUGAUCCUUAUUUGGAACAGCUUUUAGAACGUUCUUGGUAG